GCCUACCUCAUCGAAAAUGAAACUCACAUCUAACUCGCAGCAUAUAACCAUGCAGGUCUGUUUACUGGCCAAGUUGAGGGCCGUUACUUCAUUUCAAGUUGCAUAAUCAAACCAUGAUGCAUGACUACGGAGUCCUGCCAGGAUACUAGCCCAAUGUAGAUGUAAUGACGUGGUAAAGUUAUUUUCCCUUCAACUUGGUAGUCUCGACAUCAUCAUGAUUGAACUUGGAAGACUCUACGCAUCUAUUGGUACUUGGUUGCCGAGAUGGAAACCACUGAUUCUUUCAUCCUCAGGAAUAUCAUAUCGUCCCCUGCUUGCUACAGUCGACUACAGUUCCCAAUGCGAAAUUUCUGGCAGAAUGAGUGAUGACAAUCCAACGUUUGCUUUGGAUUACAUCGACAGAUCAACUGUGGAGAAGAGGCUUAUUCGUAAGUUGGACCUUCGGGUAGCCUUCCUGGUUCUGGUUUACAUUAUGAACUAUAUGGACCGCACUAAUGCAGCGCUGCGUGGUUACGAGGAGGACCUUGGCAUGACGGGGAACCAAUUUAACACACUCAUCAGCAUUCUUUAUGUGGGGUAUUUGUUGACACAAGCACCUUCUAACAUGAUCUUACACCACAUGAAAAGGCCAUCACUAUACCUCUCGAGCUGCAUGGCAAUAUGGGGUGUUCUUACCGUGUCGACGGGUGCGGUACAAACAUACCAUGCCGCCCUUAUUUUGCGCUUCUUUAUUGGAUUUGUGGAGGCGGCAUUCUUUCCCGGAGCUGUAUUCCUUCUUUCACGAUGGUACAAGCGCAAUGAACUAGGAUUACGCACAGCACUUCUUACUUGUGGCGCCUCGAUCAGUAAUGCUUUUGGUGCUCUUUUUGCAUCAGGGAUCUUGGGAAGCCUAGAUGGUACACUAGGUUUUACGGCUUGGAGGUGGCUCUUUUUUGUGGAGGGCGCUUUGACCAUCGUGAUCGCAGUGUCUGCAGCCUGGAUUUUGCCUGAUUUUCCUUCAACGCCGAACCUCUGGCUGUUGCCUGACGAACAGAUACUGGCCAAACAACGGAUGGAUGAGGAAGUCGCGAGCGAAAAUGAGCACAAAAGUAAACCCGAAGAAUAUUAUUUUGGUCUCGUCGAGGCUCUUAUGGAUUGGAGGGUAUGGUGGGUUGGUGCUGCCCUUAACUUGAUGAGUUCCUCGCAAUCAUUCGGCCUUUUUUUUCCCGACCCUAGCAGCUACAAUGGGUUACAGCGCGACUACGAGCCUCUUGCUCUGCGCACCUCCGUGGAUUUUGGGAACUGCAACCUCAUUUGUUGUGGCCAGAGCCCAGUUGCCUAUGUUGUCUGUUUGACCUGGGUCAUGAAUACGUUUUCCCAAUCACAGUCGAAACGUGCAGCAGCCAUCGCACUAGUAAACACCUUGUCAACAGCUAGCCACAUGGGUUCAUCAUACUUUUGGCCAUCCAGUUGGGGACCUUCAUAUGUGAACUCCUAUCUCAUUUGCAUCUUGACAAGCGUCUUGUGCAUUGCGAUGUUAUGGGUAUUUAGGACACACCUUUCCCGGUGUAAUGAGGCUGCUGAAGCCGAAGAGCAAUCUCUAGGUCUGCCCAAGGGUUUGAGAUAUAUCCUCUAG